ACCGCCCGGAGGCCCUGGCCCAGCGCUGCCGGAAGUGUCGUAAAAAGCUGUGUGCCGGCGGCAGCGCUUUACGGCCGCGGGUGAGACGGGGCGAGUGUGCGGGGCCAAGGAUGAGGGCGGCCCGUGCUGUGUGAUUAUAAGGAGCCCCGUUGGUCUCUCCUCAGGAUGGCGGACGCACCGACUGGGCCUGGAGUGCUCUCCUAUUACCCCGGGACCGGCAUGACCCUGCCGGGGGAUCAGAAGGAGGACUGCGGAGAGGAGGAAGAGGAAGGUCGGGAAGACACGCCGGCUGGAAACGACGUCUCCGAGGGCCCCAAGGGCCACCACCGCCGACAUCACCCACCUCACCGCCAACUCAACGGCCUCAUCGGGCCUGACCUCCGACACCUCAAGAGCCUGCAGAGCAAACUACCCCCCGACCCACGGACUGCCGCCCCCAAUGGACUGGCCGAGGAGGCCCUACCCGCCCUGCUCUCCGCCUGUACCGUGCAAGACAUCCGCUACGAGCGCUACGAGUCCGAGCUUCAAAUGCCCGACAUCAUGAGGCUCAUCACCCGGGACCUGUCCGAGCCCUACUCCAUCUACACCUACCGCUACUUCAUCCACAACUGGCCGCAGCUCUGCUUCCUGGCCAUGGUUGAAGAUGAGUGUGUAGGUGCCAUCGUCUGCAAGCUGGAUAUGCACAAAAAGAUGUUUCGCCGAGGUUAUAUAGCCAUGUUAGCAGUGGAUUCAAAGUACAGAAGAAAGGGCAUUGGUACAAAUUUGGUUAAGAAAGCUAUUUAUGCCAUGGUUGAAGGGGAUUGCGAUGAGGUUGUCCUGGAAACAGAAAUAACAAACAAAUCUGCUUUGAAACUUUAUGAAAAUCUUGGUUUUGUGCGGGAUAAACGCCUAUUCAGAUACUAUUUAAAUGGAGUUGAUGCACUGCGUCUUAAACUGUGGCUACGUUGAGACCGAAGCAUCGAGGAACAAAUCCCCAGCCGUCACUCAUUCAGGACCUUACUUUCAUGCAGCUGUCCUGUCAAUAACCUGUUUUGCGUGUCGCACAUAUUUGUUGCACUAAGGCAUGGCGCAUGUCCUGAAUUCAAGCCGAACCUUUCGAUUAAACGACAAGAAGAACUUUAAUUUGGUGCCAGUUGCUAGCCAAGACAUAUUCAUUCAUUUGCAAAUCUACUGACUGUGUUAUAUUAAAACAAAAUGAACAUUUUAUCAGAGAACCUAUGUGAGAACUGUAAUCUUAAGGUCUUGUGGGGGAGGGGGGAAGACAUUUACAGCAGCCAUUAUAAGAAGUGAUAUAUAUAAUUGCUAAUGUUGCAUACAAACCUUGCCAUAGUUUUCUGAGAUAAGUGUUGGAAAAAAGAACAUUUUUGGUUUUUAUUUUUUUCAAUUUUUCCAUUCUUUAAAUCUUGGUACCUCAAAUAAUUGGAGAAAAAAAACAUUCUAAAUGUGUUUAAAAUAAGGGGUGUUAAGUCUGACAGUGACUAAGGGAAAAAAAAUAAGCAAAAAAGUGUUUCCUUCCCCCCCUCCGGUAAAAUGCAUCCUUACCAUGAUGUAAUCCUUCUUUGCGUCCUCAAAGGAAAUCCAAAUUUUGCUUUUAUUGAAAAUUCCGGAAGUAAAUUUAUUUCAAAUUUAUAUUUUUGAAGAGAAUUUUUUUCCUUUUUUUGACUUUACAUUAUUAUUUUUUUUUUUUUUUGCAUUGAAAAAGUGUAAGCUAUAUUGGUAAUCUGAUCACUAGCUGCUAAAAAGGAAACCUUAUUAAAUCUAUGCUGGUUCCAAAUGCACUUUUUUCUUUAGGAGCGAGGGAUUUUUAAAGAAAAUAUUGUAAAUUGGUAUGAUUUUAUUUAAAAUUAAAGCUCUACUAUAUUUCUCUUUUUUAAAUAAUUCCCCCCUUUUUUUUUUUGUUUUUGUAUCCUGUUCCAAAAUAAUUUAAAGCCUCGAAGAUACUUGAUCUAGGAAAUAAAUUAAAGAUUAUAAUGCAGCUAAACACAUUUAAUUUUUCAAGGUUGGAAAUCUUUACUGGUAAAGGGUUUCUAGUCAUAUUGUGCAUGAACAAUUUUUGGGGAAAUAAUGUUUAAUCCUCUCUUGAUGGGAAUCUGUUAAAGUUAAAACUUUUUUUUUUUUUUUCUAUUUUUUUUUUUUCUUUACGUGAUUUAGGCUUUAAAGCAUCUUUUGCUCGACUCAAUUUCUGUAUACAGGCAGGAGGGUUGGCCACAACUGGUAUAUGUCACAUACGUUGGAUAAUGGUGGCUUUAGAUCGCCUAAUCACAAAGGUCCUAUGCUUUGACUGAUUUAUCUUUUUUUUUUUUUUUUUAAAGUCAGUUUUGUAGUAUUUGUACAUAUAGAUCCUCCUGUGGCAAAAAAAAAUAACUUUAUGGAAUUCCUUCCAGUCUUUAGAUAAUUGUUACAUUGGCCUUACUGCUGUAUUACAAUUUUUCUAUUUUUUUUUUCUAUUGUAUAAAAUGUGAAAAUUUCCCAAUACAAGUUUGUAAUAUUUAUUUUUGUGUUCAACUUAAAUCUUCGUAGAAUUAUUCCCAUUCCUUUAUUUUUUUUUUUCCCUCAUUGCAAUAACUGGCAAGUAAAUAUCUGUUUUUAAUAGGGGCUUAUUUGGUUAUGAGAAAUAACUCCUUUUAUAUCGGCCCACAAAAUUAUGCACAUGAGCAAAUUGGCAUUUUCAUUCUCAAACCUCUGGGGCUUUUUUCUAUGGUGUGCUACAUUCUGAGGGUUCCAGGAUGUAUUUGGCUUUUACCGUUUUGAAAGAAAAAUAAAGAUUUUUUUUUUUUUUUUCUUUUUUUUUGGCUUGUGUGUCCAGCUUUGGUUGACUUGUCUACAACAAAGUUUGUUCUGUAUGUUGGUGUCUUGAAUAAAUCAUGGAAUACAAUCAUUUCA